AGCCGCCCGUUCUUUCCAGAGUGGAGCGGAGAAGCCGGCUUCCUUUCCGCCGCCUCCCCCGCUGCUUUCCUUCUCGUCUCCACUCCACUCUCCCCUUCUCCCGCCUCGCUGCUCUCUCCCCCGCCAGCGCCAGCCGUCUCCUCGAUCCUCGCUUCACCGGCGUGGGAGUGUAGGCUCCGCUUGCCUCAGGGCUGGGCUCCGCUUUGGGAUCGAUUCGGUUCCGACCGGCCACCGGAUUCGAGGUCGAGCUCCGCUGCGGCUUGCCGGCUCGUCGCCAGCGAUUCGAAUCCGAAUCCGGAGGAACGAGAUCGACGGCGCCGCCGGGACCGGCCGAGUUCCGGCCGCCAAUGCCGCCGCCGCUCCUGCUCCUGCUCCUCCUGCUGGCCGCGUCGCCGGCGCCGGCGCGGGCGGGGGACCCCUACGCCUACUACGACUGGGAGGUGUCGUACGUCUCCGCGCAGCCGCUCGGCGUCAAGCAGAAGGUGAUUGGCAUCAACGGGCAGUUCCCGGGCCCGCCGCUGAACGUGACCACCAACUGGAACGUGGUGGUGAACGUCCGCAACGCGCUGGACGAGCCGCUGCUGCUCACCUGGAACGGCGUGCAGCAGCGCAAGACCGCGUGGCAGGACGGCGUGCUCGGCACCAACUGCGCCAUCCCCGCGGGGUGGAACUGGACCUACACGUUCCAGGUCAAGGACCAGGUCGGCAGCUUCUUCUACUUCCCCUCCACGCCGCUGCACCGCGCCGCCGGGGGUUAUGGCGGCAUCACCAUCAACAACCGCGACGUCAUACCCAUCCCCUUCGGGUUCCCCGACGGGGACAUCACGCUCUUCAUCGGUGACUGGUAUAACCGUGGCCACAAGGAGCUCAGGGGAGCGCUCGACGGCGGCACCUUGCUGGGCGCCCCAGAUGGCGUGCUCAUAAACGGAUUGGGACCCUACCAGUACAAUACGUCUCUGGUUCCGCCAGGGAUCGUCUACGAGCGGAUCAAUGUCGAGCCAGGGAAAAAUUACAGGUUCCGGGUACACAAUGUUGGUGUUUCCACAAGCCUCAACUUCAGGAUCCAGAACCAUAACCUGCUCCUUGUGGAGACCGAAGGCUCCUACACCUCGCAGCAGAACUACACCAACUUGGACAUCCAUGUUGGCCAGUCGUACUCCUUCUUGGUCACCAUGGAUCAGAAUGCCAGCACCGAUUACUACGUGGUCGCAAGUGCUCGUUUUGUUGAUGCCGCUGUUGUUGAUAAAUUGACUGGUGUUGCUAUUCUCCAUUAUUCCAACUCCCUGGGUCCGGCCUCCGGCCCUCUUCCAGAUCCCCCGAACGAUCAGUACGACACGGCAUUCUCUAUAAAUCAAGCAAGAUCCAUCAGAUGGAAUGUCACAGCUAGUGGUGCUCGGCCCAAUCCGCAGGGUUCAUUCCAUUAUGGUGACAUUACCGUGACAGAUGUGUAUCUAUUACAGAGUAGACCUCCUGAGCUCAUUGAUGGGAAGCUGCGUUCUACUCUGAACGAGAUUUCUUAUAUUGCUCCAUCGACUCCUUUGGUACUUGCACAACUAUUCAAUGUGCCAGGAGUCUACAAAUUGGAUUUUCCUAACCAUCCAAUGAACCGACUACCAAAAGUCGAUACAUCUAUUAUAAAUGGAACCUAUAAGGGCUUCAUGGAGAUUAUAUUCCAAAACAAUGCCACAACUGUGCAGAGUUACCACUUGGAUGGCUAUGCAUUCUUUGUUGUUGGGAUGGACUAUGGAAUAUGGACAGAAAACAGUCGUGGCACCUAUAACAAAUGGGAUGGUGUUGCACGCUCUACAAUCCAGGUAUUCCCUGGGGCUUGGACAGCUAUUCUUGUGUUUCUGGACAAUGCAGGCAUAUGGAAUUUGCGUGUGCAGAAUCUUGACACUUGGUACUUGGGGCAAGAAGUGUACAUCAAUGUGGUUAACCCAGAGGACAACAGUAGCACUCUUCCUGAUAACGCAAUUUUCUGUGGUGCGCUCUCAAGCCUACAAAAGCUCGCCGGCCGGGACCCCCUCGGGGAGACGAGGCUGUUCCGGGCCCGGUACUGGGUCAGCCGCCUCGACUGCCUCUUCGACAACAGCCACUGGGCGGGGGAUCAGCAAGUACUAAGAAAAAGGAAAACCGAGCUUGGUGGCACAUGCUCAAUGGCUAGCUUGAUCCUCUUCACCGGAUUAUUAACUGUGCUCCUGUAUCAAGCCAUCAAAAGGCGCAGCAUUGAGAUGCAUCGAGUCAAGCCAGCCAACGCUCCAGACCUGCUGUCUUUCGUGAACGAUCUUGAGUUCCACAUCACCACCAUCUCCGCCAUGUCCUGCGCUCAAGCAGUUGCACCUUCGACAUUUGCUAUGGGGACAGCGGGGUCCUUGGAUUUCAGGGUGGUUCCGCUGCCAACGUUGUUCACCUACAGCUGCGCAAACACGAGCCAGGGGCCGUCCAUUACGUUCAAGUGCAACGGCUGCCGGAUGCCUCCGAGAGACCAUUUCAUGUCCUGGCAGUUCGUUGACCUGCCAGGGCAACCAGCUGCGGCAGUCGGCUUCCAGUUCAACCUGACUGCAAGGCAGCACGGCAAUAACAAGCAUGUGAGCUUUGUGACUGGCACGUUGAACUCUGAUGGCUAUGCCGAUGAUGGCAAGCUGAGGACUUUCAGGGGGAAGGACUCCAAUGUUCUGAAAAUUCAGUUGUUCCCUCAGAUGUACAACAAUCUUGGUAACCUAAGGAUCUUGCAACCACUGGUUCAGGACUUCACCCAAGGGUCUGCAUUUUCGGAUGUUGGCAGCUUGAAUGCGUCCCUGCAGAACCCCAGGGAUGGAAUGGUGAAUACUACGAUCUACAUAAGUUAUCUCUCAGAUUACAUUGUGGAGAUCAACAAUGAGAGUGUAGUAGGCCCAGUUAGUGUACUUGCGAGUAUUGGCGGCCUUUAUGCCUUCAGUGUGGCAAUUUGUCUCUGCCUCAUGACCCAAUGUGAAGCUAGGAUAAAGAAGCUUCGUGAAGAGGAUACCAGAAUGCUGAAAAUUUUGAGCAAACGACGUGCUCGACGGAAUUGGGAUAAGGUGCGGAAGUAUGUCAUGUAUACCUGGGGUCCAAGCAACCUAGAUCCCACUGAUAAAAGUGGCCAGCAGCCUGAAGGUUCAGUGAUGGAUUCUCUACAUAGAUCCUUCCACAAGAGAAGAGAACCAAUUAGCUGAUAUGGGUGCGACUGAUAUCGAAGGAGCUGCAGAAAUGCAGUAGCCAAGCAGUUCUAGAUAGCCUUGAUGGAUGGGUGAUUUGGCUGCAAAGUCCUCAUAGUCAUAGGUCCUUUGACUCAUUCCUAGCCCUUCCAUUACCCGCAUAGAUGGAUCUUUCAAAAAAUUGCCCCUUUGCAUAGGCCUGCAUGAAGAUGAGUGACAGUUUUGGCGCAUGUGCUCACUGUGAAGAAUUUUCAAUGUAAUGUUCUAUUAUGAAUAGCGGCGAAAAUUGUACAGAGGCAGUGGUUGGAUGCACCUGAAGCUGCGGAGCUAGACCUCCACCUUGUUCUUGGUAUAACUCAUUCAUUA